AAAAUGUAAUAAACUAGCACGUCGAUUGUUAGCAAAACAGGUAGACAACACAUGGAAAAAAAUGUAUAAUUACCGCAAUCAACCGUUCCAUAUAUAUCUGAUAGUAACAUUUGCAUUUCUGUUUUCAUUUUCAUAUUCGAAGGAAUAAGUGACGGCAGUGCAACUUCUAAAUAAACCGGUCUCUGUGCCUUCGGGACGUCUCCUUGGAUAAAAAUGAAAUCUAUAAAGCCAUAGUGAUUAUUAUUGACACUAAAUAAAUCCGACUUUUGAAUUGACAUAUCAUGCCACCAGAAUGGAAAUCAUCUGGUUUGCAGCACCCUUCAGUGGACGAUAACGUAGCUACGCGAUGUACUAGGAAGUCAACGCUCAGUGCUGCCAAUAUUUUUAAAUAACUUAAUAAUAAUGAUUAUUACACAUAUGUGAUGGAUACGAGCAGAGGAACGUCUAAUUAAAAAAAUAAAAUUGUUUUUGUUUUCACAUGUUUCCAUAAUGUUUACGCAUGCGCAUUGCUUGUCUCGUGAUUGGCCCGCCUGCGUACCCCGGAAGUAGUGUGAAGGUCUUUUGACCGGUGGUUUUAGUUUAUGUAAAACUGAAGUUCUACCUCGAAAUUUAUGUCAAAAUGGGCGUAAAAAUAGAGAUGUUCAGAAUGAUGUUGUAUUUGUCUUUCCCCGUUACCAUGUUCUGGAUCUCCAAUCAAGCGGAAUAUUUUGAGGAGUACAUCGUAAAGAGGAAGAGGGAAAUCUUCCCUGCUGAUGAAGGAAUUCAUAGGAAAGAGUUGGAGGACUUCAAGGAGAGAAUGCGAGCACGGAAGGAGCAGCGGCAACUUAAACAAAUCGCUUUGGAGUCACAGAACUAAGGCUAUUUUGUGAAAUAUAUUUAUACAAAAACAGAUAAUGAUGUAUACAGUACAACAAUGAGUAGAGGGAUAUGAAUUUUCAUGUGACUUUUCCUAUUUUGACUGUGCGUUCAUGUGAUGUAAUUAAGGUAAUAUGGUGAAUCAUCAAUUCAAUAUCCCACUGGACUUUUUUUAUGUUUGGUGUGUUUAUUGUAUCCUUACUUUGAAUUAUACCAUGUAUAAUAUUCAUGCCAAAUCAAUAAUAUUCUUGGAGCCAUCAUCUAUAAAUUUGACACAGAUUGUCAUUUUGUGUGAUCUAUCUAAUAGGGACUGCUUGUUUGAUAUGGAAAGAUGAAGCUUUUUUCAUUAUUAUUUUAACUCAUGCAACGGCCUCGUGUUAAUGACGAGUAAAGAUAUUUUAAAAGAUGUGAUGUAUUUUUACUGUCCCUGUUCAAAACGUUCCUUUUUUUUU